GGAAAAUCAAUUUAUUCACUGGAAAAAAUCAAUUAAUUCAUUGGGAAAAUCAAUCAAUUCAUCGGGAAUUCUAAUUUCCAGCUGAGUUAAGGAAUUUCGACCCUGUGCUGCUUUCCGUACAAACGGCCUUCCCACAAUCCCUUGCUCCUGGGAUCCCUCCGUUUCCGGCAGCAUCCCCGCCUCCCAUUGGCUGACCGCUUCCACCUCCCAUUGUUCGCAGCGCUGAUUGGCUGUUCGAGCUGUCAAUCACACCGGUUCCCAGGCGGCGCCGCCAUGUUGUGUGUCCCGAUGCAGCCGCCAUAUUGAGUGAUCCGACGCCGCCGCCAUCUUGUGCGUCCCCACCACAGCGGCGCAGGGGGACGCGGCAGAGCCGCAGCUGAUGGCGGUGCGGGUCCCAACAGCGGCCAAGCACCCGAGAGCGGCACCGGCCCCGCCUGUUUUCGUACCCUAAUUAACACCGUAGCUUAAUUAGACCCGCGUGAGAGCGCGUACGGCGCUUUUCCGUACAACCCUCUCCCUGUGUCCAUUUCCGGCAGAAUCCCCGCCUUCCAUUGGCUGGCCGCUUCCACCUCCCGCUAUCCGCAGCGCUGAUUGGCUGUUCGAGCUGUCAAUCACAGCGGUUGCCAGGCGGCGGCGCCACCGGCUGUGGCUCUGCCGCCUCCUCCUGCGCCGCUGUGGUCGGGUCACACAAUAUGGCGGCAGCAUUCUCGCCUCCUAUUGGCUGGCAGCUUCCACCUCCAAGUAUCCACAGCGCUGAUUGGCUGCCCCACCGUUGCCAAGCAACACCGCCAUGGCGGCGCAGGCCAAAACGGAGGAGGCGAGCAACAACGAUGCCGCAGCCGCCGUGGCGCUGUCAGAACUCACCGCGCUGCUCUCUCCAUCCUCCCCCGCCGCUCCCGCAGCAGCCGAAGCCGCUCUGGCGCUGUCGGGCAGCGCUUCAGGCCGGGCUCUGCUCGCCUCGAACCCCGCGGCCUUGUCGGCCUUGUCCGCCAUGGCCGCCUCGGGCUCGCGUGGGGCGCUGCCCGCGUUGUCCGCGCUGGUGAACGCGAGCUCCGAGCGCGCCGCGCGGGAGCCGCUCCUCGCUGCCUUACCCUCGUUCUUGCCUCUCCUGCCGAGCUCCGGGGCCGCCUGCGGAGUGCUGGCCAAUCUGUGUCGCGACAUGGAGGCGGUUCCGCGGGUGGUGGCGGCGCUGGGGCCCGGAGCGGAGCCGCUGCUGCGGGCGCUGAGCGCGGAGCGGCCGCCGGAGGAGCUCGGGGCGGCGGUGUGCAACCUGAGCCGGGCCCGGGAGGGGCGGGCAGCGCUGCUGGAGCCGUCCGGGCGGGUGCUGCGGGCGCUGCUGCCGCUGCUGCAGGGGCCGCACUCGGCCCAGCUGAGGAGAGGAGUGGUGGGAGCCCUCAGGAACUGCUGCUUCCAGCAUGAGCACCACGAGUGGCUGCUGGGGGAGGAGGUGGAGGCGCUGCCGGCGCUGCUGCUGCCCCUGGCCGGGAGCCUGGAGCUGGGGGAGCAGGAGAUGGAGGAGCUCCCUCUGGAUCUGCAGUUCCUGCCCCCCGAGCACCAGAGGGAGGAGGAGCCCGAAAUCAGGAAAAUGCUGCUGGAGACGCUGCUGCUGCUGACGGCCACCAAGGCUGGGCGUGGCCAGGUGAGAUCCCAGGGCUGUUACCUGGUGCUGAGGGAGCUGCACAGGUGGGAAAAGGAGCCCCAGGUGCUCAGAGCCUGCGAGAACGUCAUCCAGGUGCUGAUCGGGGACGAGCCCGAGGCGGGGAUGGAGAAUCUGCUGGAGGUGACAAUUCCCCAGGAGCUGGAGCAGCAGCUGGCACAGCUGGACAGGGACACCCAGGAGGGGACAGGGACAGGGAGGUGACACCCAGGGGACACCAAAACGACACCAGGAACCCUUGAGGGGACACCGGGGUGGCCCCAAAACCCGUUUUAGUGACAAUGGGGUGUCCCCAAAAAGCCACCACGGUGACAAUGAAAUGUCCCCAAAAAGCCACCACGGUGACAAUGAAAUGUCCCCAUGGGGCCAUGGUGGUGACAGUGACACUGGAACGUCCCCAAAAAGCCACCGAGGUGACACUGGGAUGGUGUCCCCAAAAACCAUCAUGGUGACAAUAAAGUGUCCCCAAAAAUCCAUUUUGGUGACCCUGGGGUGUCCCCAAGGAUCCAUGGUGGUGACAAUGGGAUGGUGUCCCCAAAAACCCGUUUUAGUGACAAUGGGAUGUCCCCAAAAAGCCACCACGGUGACAGUGGGGUGUCCCCAAGGAUCCAUGGUGGUGACAAUGGAUUGAUGUCCCCAAAAACCUGUUUUAGUGACAAUGGGAUGUCACCAAAAAGCCACCACAGUGACAAUGGGAAGUCCUUGAGGAGCCAUCAUGGUGACAGUGACACUGGAAUGUCCCCAAAAAGCCACCGUGGUGACACUGGGAUGGUGUCCCCAAAAACCACCGAGGUGACAAUAAAGUGUCCCCAAAAAGCCACCACGGUGACAAUGGGGUGUCCUUGAGGAGUCACCUUGGUGACAAUAAGGUGUCCCCAAAAAUCCAUUUUGGUGACACUGGGGUGUCCCCAAGGGUCCGUGGUGGUGACAAUAAAGUGUCCCCAAAAAGUCACCACGGUGACAAUGGGAUGUCCCCAAAAAGCCACCAGGGUCACAGUGGGAUGUCCCCAAGGGUCCAUGGUGGUGGCAAUGGGAUCAUGUCCCCAAAAAUCCAUUUUAAUGACAAUGGGAUGUCCUGAAGUGUCACCAUCUUGGUGACAUGGGGUUGGUGGCCCCAAGGGUCCAUGGUGGUGGCACGAGUGUCCCCAAAAACCUUCGUGGUGACCAUGGGAUGUCCCCAAUGGUCACCAUGGUGACACUGGGGUGUCCCCAAGUCACCCCCAAACUCAGCGAAUUAAAGGAUUUCACCCC